CGUCAUGUUGUGUUGACGUGGCCGUGAGCAGCGGUAGCAGGCAGCUCAACAGUACAGUACUUAGUAUGUGUCGAAGCUGCGCUAGUCGAAGGUGUGAUUGACGAUUACCUCCCGUAAUCAUGGAUUUAACUGACUGAUUGCUGUUCACUUAUUCAGUGAAGAUGACUAGUCGAGGCCAACACUAUGGCUUCCAGUCGAGUAUCAUGGUUCAACCCGCCAAUGGAGGUCAUGCAUACCUGUUUGGGACCGCCGGUUCCGAGAAUGAACAGUCCGAGGAGGACGGGGAUAGCUACGAGCUGCGACCUCGUGGCAGGACUCGGAGGAGCACCUCAAAGGAGAGGAUGGAUGAUAUUGUCUACCUGAGCAGAGACAUCCAGGAGGGUGACACCCUAAACAGCAUUGCCUUGCAGUAUCAUUGCUCAGUGGCCGAUUUAAAGCGCUCAAACAACCUCCUGACCGAGCAGGACUUGUUCGCCCUGCGCUCCGUGAAGAUCCCCGUCAAGCGCUUCAGCAUGCUGACUGAAACUCACAACACUGGACCUCUCAGACAGGCCUCUCCCGCCGAAGCCCGACGCCCGACCCAGAUCUCGGCCUGCUCCGCCUUCCCUAUAGAGUCCUCCACGGACUCGUCCUCUUCCACGGACAGCGUGGAAGGGUUCCUCAUGGAGAAGGACAAGGAUAUCGAGCAACUGGUCAAAUCGACGGGGCCGUCGAGGAGCAGCCUCAACGAAGUGGUGUCCUCUUUAACGCUCCAGCUGAAGCAGCCCUCGCUGGGAAAAGUGGAGUACAAACUCGUGGGGAAAAAGGACCCUUAUUACGGAGCCGACUGGGGCAUGAGGUGGUGGACGGCGGUGGUCAUCAUGCUGGUGGUUGGCAUCAUCACGCCUGUGUUCUACCUACUGUACUAUGAAGUUUUAAUGAAGGCCGAAGUGAGCCAUCACGGAACGCCCACAGAUGUUCCUGGCUACAUGCUUCACGCGCACGACCACGGCCACGCUCACCUCGAAAAAAGUCACGCAAGAGCUGGACCCACGCAUCAUGCUGCUGGAGAUGUGCCCCAUGAAGCUCCACAAGGACUCAAAGUGGACAGUGCACAACAUGGAAAGACAUGACAAAACUUGUUUUAAUCUAACCACAUGAUUCCUAAAUGCAAUCUCGAGCGGGAAAGUCACUUUAGAGCGGUAACACGGAUUUAUACAUUUCUAUUAAUUUAACUGAUCUGGACGUGGUUUCCUCUCAUCCAUGCUGCUGCCUUUAUGUGAGGACACACUCACCGUUUUGUUGUUUGAAAUGUGGACAACAAUACAUUUCCAUGACUUGGCUGGGCCUGUAACACCACAAAGGGUUUAAUUUUGCUCUCUCGGGUAUGAAAACAAUUGCUAGGUGUCUCAGUGUGCGUUGACAAGCUUUUGUCAAAACAUCCCAAUGCUCAAGAAUUCUAACUCACACCCUAGAUUUUGCCAAUGGCGAGUCAUGCUUUUGUUACCUUGACGACCAGCCCGAGCCUUGCGACGAGCUUGGCUUUUACGUGUGGGAGCAGAUCCCGGAGUCUAGCAAAAAAAAAAA